ACAAAACCAGCUGCGCUCAACUUGACAGUGAAUAAACCAAGCCGGGAAGCUUUGACUAGGACUUUCUGGUGCGGACAAGUUCUACCUGUCACUUCCAUCGCCUUAGAGACAGCUUUUUUUGCUUCUCCAAGCUGACAGAAAGAGUCUCAGCGAUGUUGUUGGCGGGGUUUGGGUUCGCGCGGGUUUGGCUAACGGUAUGGCUGGCGUGUGCUUGGUCAUCGGAGGCUCGGGAGCAGGAGACGGUGCCCCCGGCCGCCCCUACAGUAUCGUCCCCUCGGCCGAGCCGCUUCGGGAACCGCUGCGACGUAACGGCAACGGUUACAGCGACUACAGCGUGUCGGACUUGCCCGUUGAACGCGGAAGUUGAGUGUCCAAAAGGCUCGACAAAGACAACCCAAGGAGAAGGACUACGCGACUGCCAGUACCGCAUCCCAGUCUUCGGGUCUUGGGGCAUCGUCUUGACCGGGUGCCACCACGUCUGCGCCCGCCAGGUCCUCCAACCCCAGUGCUGCCCAGGCUACUGGGGACCCGACUGCCAAGAGUGCCCAGGAGGAGCAGACAACCCCUGUAGCAGCCAUGGAGCCUGUGCAGGGGGCAUCCAAGGGAACGGGACAUGCACAUGCGAGGGUGGAUUUGGAGGAGUAGCCUGUGAGACGUGUAAAAGUGACAAGCUGUAUGGUCCAGACUGUAGCGGAGAGUGCACCUGUGUCCAUGGCAUCUGUAAGAGUGGUCUGGAGGGUGACGGCAGCUGCUCCUGUCUCUCUGGGUACUCAGGAGAACACUGCGAUCAACCGCUGCCCCAGUGUGACGCCCUGGACUGUAACCAGUUCGGGAGAUGCGUGGAGCCUGCCGAAGGUGAAGAACUGGUCUGUCGCUGCCUGCCAGGUUACCAUGGCGAUGGCAAAAACUCCUGUCUGCCAAUCGACCCGUGCCUGGAGGCGGUAUGCGCCCCACAGGCAGACUGUAUCCACACUGGGCCUAACCAGCACCGCUGCGAGUGCAGACCCAACUACAGCGGAGACGGGCGUGUGUGCCUGCCCAUCGAUCCGUGCCAAACCAACUUCGGCGGCUGUCCGACCAACUCAACCGUUUGCGUUUAUGAUGCGCCAGGGAAGGCACACUGUGAGUGUAAGCAGGGCUAUGUGGAGAUGGCUGAUGGAGAUACAGGGCUGAUGGAAACCCAGGGCUGCGGUUUGAUUGACAUCUGUCAACACGACAACCCAUGCCAUAAGAACGCCAACUGCACCACCGUGGCGCCUGGGCAGACAGAGUGUGUCUGCAAAUUGGGGUAUGUGGGAGAUGGUAUCAACUGCUACGGAAACAUCUUGGAGCGCAUCUCCGAGUUGAACAACGAGGAUGGGGGACCACUGCGAGGCCACCUCGUGUACAGCAGUAUCCUGCUACAGAGUGCCUAUGCCAGGACACUGACCAGGAACGGGCCCUUCACAGUCUUCAUUCCCAACGAUGCCGCAUUCCAGAACAAGUUUGAUGUUGUUCGACUUGUGAGUGAUCUUCCCAAGGCCCAGCACCUUGCCAAGCUGCACAUGCUACCCGGACACCUGACAGCUCACCAGCUCAACAUCACCGCCAAUGUCUUUAACCUGGAGGGUGUAGGCAUGGAGAUAGAACCAAACAAGCAUGACACUUUCCUGCGUGUCCGUCUUCUUGGCACCAAUGUCAAGUCCAAGAUGGUGUUCCCCGACAUUGUUGCAGCCAAUGGGCUGAUCCACGUGAUCGACACAGUUCUGGACAUGGAUUCAGCAGUGCCCAGUAUGCCAGAGGCCACAAUAAAAGAACUGAUUGAGGUGGAAGGCAAGUACAACCGGAUGGAAGGUUUACUAAAGCUUGUAGGAAUGGCGGAGAUGUUCGACAAGCCCGGACCGUUCACCAUCUUCGCUCCCAAUAAUGGAGCCUGGGACUCUCUGCCCCAGGGCACGCUGGACUACCUAAUGUCAGAAGAGGGAAAGCCAAAGCUUAAGGCCAUUCUAAAGAACCACAUCAUUGUCAACAAUCAGAUUGAAGUUCAGGACUUGAUCUUCAUGCCAAGAUUCACCACUCUGGAGAACAUGGCCAUCACUGUCUCGGUUACUGGCCAGGGUGCAAUCAAGCUUGACGGCAGUGCCCGUGUGUACCAGACAGACAUAAAGGCCAGCAACGGUUAUAUCCACAGCAUUGACAAAGUCCUCAUACCCGACGCCAUCAAGCCCCUCUUCAACCAUCGCUGUGAUGUCAUGUCCUAUGACGUAGUGGCAGGCAGCUGCAGCAGCUGUAGUCAGAUUGACCUGAACGGAUGUCCUGAGGGUGCAGAACCACUGGAGAUAGUGGAGCGUGGCUGUGUGUUCUGGACACUGAUCUGGAAUAUCCGCUUUCCCCACACUGGCUGUUCCCGCAAGUGCAACCAGACCGUCAUGCUUCCCGAAUGUUGUGAAGGGUUUUAUGGAGAGUCGUGUCUGCCAUGCCCCGGUGGUUACCGCACACCCUGCAAUCUUCAUGGCCAGUGUAAUGGUGGAAUCAAUGGGAACGGCACCUGCGUGUGUGACCCAGGCUUCACGGGCACGACUUGUGAAAUCUGCGAGGAUAAACUCCUGUAUGGUGUCAACUGUGAUAAAGAGUGUGACUGUCUACAUGGUGAGUGUAACGGGGGACCAGACGGAGAUGGUACCUGUAAACCCAACACCUGUGAGCAGGGCUGGACAGGUGAGAACUGUGACCAGCCCAUCAACCCCUGUGGGCCCAACCUGGACGUCUGCCACGAGAACGCCCAGUGUGAUAACCAGUUUGGUAACAUAAGAUGUGUGUGCAAGCCAGGAUACACAGGGUCUGGACUAGAGUGUAUCGAGAUGAACCCUUGCCGCUUGCCUGACAGAGGAGGAUGCCAUCCUGAUGCUACCUGUAUCAAGGUGGGACCAGGUACCAACGUGUGCCAGUGUGAUGAAGGAUGGGAAGGGGAUGGCAUAUCCUGUAUACCUGUGGACAACUGUCGCUCCCUGAACAGGGGAGGAUGUGAUCCACAUGCAGACUGCAUCUUUACUGCACCUGGACAGAAUGACUGCAGGUGUAUGAGAGGUUUCCGUGGCGAUGGGAAAACGUGCACACCCAUCAACCCCUGUCUGGAGAACUUUGGGGGAUGUCAUAGUCAGGCUGUGUGUACCCAGACAGGCCCAGGUACAAACAACUGCACCUGUGUGGAUGGGUACAUCGGGGACGGGCGCAGGUGUUACGGCACCCUGCUGGUGGAGAUGACAGGACGACCUGAGCUGUCCACAUUUAGUAAUCUCAUUGCUACAGCUGGCCUGCAGAAUCUAUUUUCUGGCCCCGUGAUGAGAACAGUGUUUGCUCCGACUGACGAUGCCUUCCUCAAGCUGUCUGAAGAAGUCAAGUCCAGGUGGUGGGAGAUCGACAACAUCCCAUUCCUUAUCAAGUACCACACAGCCAACAGCAGCCUGACCUUUGAUAACCUGACUCAGUACUACCUGGACCAGUCUCAACCCCUGCCAACCCUCCUCCUGGGCACCAUGCUGUCACUCACACAAGAUGAUGGGUAUUUGCUUGUCGGAGGUGCGAAAAUCAUCGGGAAUGAAAGUCUGGCUUCCAACGGGAUAAUUCAUGUCAUAGAACAGGUGCUGCUUCCACCCGAGUCAGUACUGCCCACCCUGGCACCACCCAGGCCCCCACUCAGUGAGCUUAUGGAGGGGCUGACUGACUACUCACUAUUUGCCCAUUAUCUAUCAGAGGAUGGCUUACUAGAACAGUUGGAGACUGUUGGACCGUACACUCUGUUUGCACCUAACAACGCCGCAGUCCUGGCCUUCACUCGCAAUGGAACAGAUCCAAGGGCCAUUUCCCACAGCAUCCUGAGGUACCAUAUAGUGACGGGCCUGGUGCUGACCUCUGACAGGAUCAUCGACGGACAGCACUUCGCCACGUCCCUGGGCCAUAACUACCAGAUAGGAUUCGCCCACAGUGGUAAUAAGCUGUUGGUAAACAGGGAUCCAGUGGUCAGCCCCGACAUGCUGACUCAUGGGGGCGUGGUCCAUGGGAUGAGUACGGUACUUAAGGUACAGAGGAACAGGUGUGACUCCAACAUCACCACUACCAUACAGGGUAACUGCUACAGCUGCCAGUAUCCACCCGUGUGCCCACCAGGAACUAAGCCACUGAAAAGGCCACGGGUGUCCAACUGCAUCUACGUACACAUUGUGUUUGGGGUAGCCAGGAGAUCUCUGGGCUGCUCUGCCACGUGUGUCAGAACAACAUUUAGUAGGCAGUGCUGCCGUGGCUACUUUGGGAUGCAGUGUGCAGCAUGCCCUGGGCCAGUAGAUGACCCCUGCUAUGGCAAUGGUGAAUGUGUGGAUGGACUGGAGGGAACAGGAGAGUGCAAGUGUCAGGCUAACUUUGGAGGCACGGCCUGCGAGAACUGUGUUCCUGGAAGAUAUGGAGAAGACUGUGGACAGGUGUGCACCUGUGUUAAUGGCACCUGUAAUGAAGGUGUGAACGGAGAUGGAAGCUGUACCUGCAAUGUUGGGUGGAGAGGACCUCACUGUGAUGAAGCUGUCACAGGUGACGAGUGUGCAGGAACCUGCCAUUCAAGUGCCAACUGUGUGGGAUCUGGAGAUUAUGCUCGGUGUAUCUGUGCUGCUGGCUUCACUGGAACCGGGCAGCAGUGUUCUGUGAUCAACCCAUGUGAGGUGAGUAAUGGCGGCUGUUCUGAGCAUGCCCAGUGCAUGAGGACCACACCCGGCAACAGGAAGUGUAGCUGUCUGGAUGGGUACACUGGAGACGGUGUCAUCUGUCUGGAAAUUGACCCAUGCCAGAGUAAUAACGGUGACUGCCAUGAGAAUGCUGUCUGUCUUCACACUGGGCCAAACAUGAGAGUGUGUCACUGCAAGAGUGGUUACGAAGGUGAUGGUGAACGGAGCUGCAGGGCAGUCAACCCUUGUACAACGAACAACGGAGGCUGCAGUGGUUUUGCCGUCUGUAACCACACUGGCCCUAACGAGAGGGAGUGUAUCUGUCAGGAUAACUACAUCGGAGACGGCAUUACCUGCACUGGGAACAUUGGGCAGGAACUAGGGUUGAACCCCAACACUAGUCUUUUCUAUUCCCUCCUUCAGGAGUUUUUUAGUCCAUCACCCGGGACUCAGUCUACCAACUCCCACCAGCUGGUUGGAGCAGGUCCCUUCACCGUGUUCGCUCCAACUAACCGGGCCUUCAUGACGCUGCAACAGGACACCCCCGGGCAGGUGCUGAAGUGGAGACGUAACGGCAUGCUGCACCAGGUGCUACAGUACCACAUGAUCGGCUGUGUGCAGCUGAUGUCGCACACCAUGGAGAAACAGGACAGCCUGCGCACCCUACAGGGAGACCUCAUCAAGCUCAGCCUCACUCAGACUGGAUUGCUGUUGAAUGGAGACACCCACAUUAACAGACUGGACCAUGAGACAUCCAACGGUGUGAUACACUACAUUGACAGUGUCCUGACACCUUCCAACAUGCAGUCGUUUGAGGACUUGGUCGCCAACAUCACAGUUGUGGCAACUUCCUUCAAGUAUAACUUGUUCCUUGGGGCACUACAGACAGCAGGGCUGAUCAGCCUGGUAUCCGACCCUGUCCACACCCCCAUCACCAUGUUCUGGCCCACCGACCAGGCCCUGAAGUCCAUGCCUAACCGCAAAUACCAGGAACUGCUCAAGCCGAAGAACAGGGACGAACUGAUCGAGUACCUCAAGUACCACAUUAUCAGAGAUGCAAGGCUGUCUGCCACAGCCCUGGUGACCAGUAAUGACCUCCGCACCUUACAAGGUUCCAUGGUUGAGGUCAACUGCAAGGGAGAGAAGGGAGAUCUUUAUGUGAAUGAAGACAGCAAGAUUGUCCAGAGGGGCAUAAUGUUUGAAGGAGGGGUAGCGUAUGGGAUCGACCACAUCCUUGAACCACCCAGUAUUGGCGGAAGGUGUGAUGUAAUGAGCAACAGGACUUUUAUGGGAGAGUGUGGGCCAUGUAGAGCAGAUAAUAUCUGUCCUGAUGGUAGCAGACCAGUGGGUCCAGUGCAGCGGUGUGUGUACAUGUCCUACUACAGGCAAGCUAACGGCUGUAAGAGACAGUGUGUGUACACCACACUCAAACCAAAGUGCUGCCCUAACUACUAUGGCAGGGACUGCAGAGCAUGUCCUGGUGGAGCCCAGCAGCCCUGCAAUGGCCAUGGGAGCUGUGACGAUGGUGUGGACAACCACGGACACUGCAGGUGUAACGUGGGUUACAGGGGACAGGCCUGCGAACUGUGUGAUCCAGGCAGAUUUGGACCCAAAUGUGAACCCUGUCGGUGCAGUAACCGUGGCCUGUGCAGGGACGGUAUUGAGAAUGACGGAGCCUGUUUCUGUGAGGCUGGCUGGACUGGACCUAAGUGUGACCAGCGCUUAGACUCCAUGCCGACCUGUGACCCCCAGUGUGAUCAGAAUGCUGUGUGUCGUGAAGACAACAUGUGUCAGUGCUUACCUAACUUCCAGGGCAACGGCAGAAGGUGUUCUGCCAUUGACCUUUGUGCGUUGAACAAUGGAGGUUGCCACUUGCGGGCCAGGUGUCGCCAGGUGGGCACUAACACCACCUGCCAGUGUGAGAAGGGUUAUGAGGGUGACGGGUACGUGUGCAGGGGCAUCGACAGGUGUGCCGUCAAUAACGGAGGGUGUCAUGCUAACGCUACAUGCAGGUACACUGGGCCGAACUCGAGGACGUGUACCUGUAAGGCAGGGUUUACAGGCGAUGGUGAGCAGUGUAAGCUGCCUCGCACCACUAUUGGAAAGUGUGAUAUCAAUAACGGAGGCUGCUCACCUAACGGUAGAUGUGUGGAGAUCAGACCAUCAGCCAGGAAGCCUGCGGGAGACGUGCAGUGCAGCUGUAUGAAGAGUUUUGUAGGAAAUGGAACCAUGUGUAACAGUGAAGUGUACCAGACUCUCCAGUUCACACCUCAGUUCAGCAGAUUCUACAUUGAAGUCCAGUUGUUUGAGAGAAGAUCCUCAGAAGGGCGGAAGCUGAGGAGAAUACUGGAGCAGUCCCAGCUCAAGCUGACACUGUUUGUACCUAGCAAUGAAGGGCUGCCUGUUAAUAUGUCUUUAUCGGACAAGGACAUCAAGAAUCACUUGUUGAUGAGCAAGUCUUUUGUGAGGUAUGAAGACUUCAAGGAUGGCAUGGUGCUCAAGACUAAGGCAGAUAUGGAGCUAGUAGUGACAGCAGACUUUAAAAAGGGAGUUUACCUGGUGAAUGGACAGGAGGUUCUGGAGUGGAACAUCCCGACGACAAACGGCAUCAUUCACAUCAUCAAGGGACCGCUCUUCGCCUUGAGAGCACCGGAAGCUAGUGGUCAGAUCCGAGAUGUAGGCCCGACAGUGACAUCAGGGACAAUAGCUGGCAUUAUCAUCGCUCUACUCCUGGUGGUGGUCCUCUGUAUGGUGGCUGCAUGCUUCUUUGUCAAGAGGCACAAAAGAAGUCCUGUUUUAGGAAAGUAUAAAAAGACUGAGGAUGGAGGCAGCGUCACGUUUGACAAUCUCAACAACUGUAAGGAGGAAGCAGAGUUUGAUACCUUUGAAAAUCCGACGUACAGCAAAUUGUGCAACUUAGAGGAAGAAGAAAAACUGAUGAGGCAACAGGAUGGCUAUGAUUCUGUAGCGACAGCAUGACACCGACCGUGACAUCCCCGCUCCUCACCACGCUUUCCACCCACUCUAUAACCAAUGGUGCCACGAUGGAGAGCUGUGCCCACGAUUCUCAGGUUCAAGUUCAACACACAAGCAACGUGACCCCAAAGAUGUGCCGCCUUUUUCAGUGUGACUCAAGUUGAUCUGGACAGGUUUAAAGAGGACGGACAGCAAAAUUCAAUUCUUGGACCUUGUUAUGUAUAGUAAAGUCACCUCAACUCCAGUUUAGUUUUUUUUUUCACUUCUGCCUCAUUGUUUAGAAGCCUAUGUUUCAUUGUUGCAUCUGUCACUGCACUGUAAAUAAGGAGGUUAUAGUCAGACUAGACUGGACUGUAACUGCCUUCCUGUGCUUACAAAGAUACAUUUUGGUUAAUUUCAUGUGAAGUAAAUAUUUUUUAACAGAUGAGGGGGAAAAUUUUGCCUGUCCCUACAAACAAAUUUCCACCCUGGGACGAUGAGACAUUUGCUGGAGACCGUCCUGGUCCAAUACAUGGACAAGAUUGAGACAAAAACAUGACUCAACCCUGGUCUUGUGGGUGUGUCUUGAAGAUAGUUGCAAGGGGUUUCCAAGGUCCAAGAAUGGAUUAUUUUGUCUGUUCCUUUAACUGAUAAGCGUACACACUGAAUACCAAUGCUGGGUUUGCACAAAAAACAACUCACAAUCCGUAGGGUAUUCAAAGGAUGGCUCUGUGAUGCUGUCUCUUGUUAAAGUCAUAAACUUGGACAACUUUUUUAAGAGAGUUGUGAGAUUUUCCAUUGCUGGGAACGACCAUUUUUUACAGUUACCAAGUAUGUAUGUACAUGUGUGAACAUAGGGACUGGUAGACUUGUACAUUUGUCAUCAUGAAUUCGCUAUGCACACAUCAGAGUAGAGGUUGAAAAUGGGGUAUGUGAAGUGCAAUAGGAGGGGCCAAAGUUUGAGAAUGAGGAAAGCUGUUGUUUGCAGUGGCUUGAUUGGAUAAUGUGGAAAAGUUAAUUACGUUUCAAAUUUUUGUCCUAUGUACAGGUUACAACAUUUUAUGGUAGACAAAAUUAUGAUGUAUUGUCUAAAAAAAGAACUUAUGUUAAAAAGGAGCUUGUAAGUGAUGAAAAAUAUAUCAUCAUAAGGAAAGUUCUUGCAAAUGUUGAUGUUCUAUAUAGUUAUGUCUUUCAUCAUAUAGAUUGAUUUUACACAAGAUUUUAUGAUCCUUUGAUAGUGAUAAAGAUAACCCCAUGUUUUGACUUUUGAAUGGCUUAUGCAGAUGCCACUGUAUUGUCUAAAAUGCGAUUUAUUAAACUACAAGCAUGCCUUUUUUUGUAAUGCGCAAAUCACACAGAUGCAACUAGAGCAUAUACUCGCUUGAAGAAGAGAUAUUUGUGAGACAUUUUUUGGCAUCAAGGCUUACCUGUAUGGAAACGUUGAAGUGCCAUAGAUUGGCCACAAACUUUGACAAACGUUAAGUAAAAAUGACGAAGCUGAUUCGUAUAUAACAAAGGGCUAUCUAUCUGUUCAAAGCAUAUGUUUUAUUUCUGCUUUGCUUCAUACAAGUAUACGCUGGCGAUCAGGACGAUUUGACCCUUAACCACCUUUGCCCAGUGAAUUUGGUCCAAUGCCCAGGGUCACCUCGUCCCAAUAAAGUCAAUUCGGCCGGAGUUAGGUUAAGUUCAGGUUGUUAGUCCGAGUUCACCAGGGUAUUGGGCCAAGUAAUGUUAGUCUGAUAAGCCGUUGGCCAAGUUGGUAAGGGGCUGAAGUGUCAGACAUCCUUCUCUUACCUCUGUUUAUAUACACAUGUACAUCUAUAUACAUCUAGAUGAUCACUAUGUUUUGACUGACAUGUUAGGGCAGCUUGUAAAAUAAUCUUAGACCAUUGCUAGCAGGAGGUAUAUGUAAGUGCAAGAAGAGUUGAACAUGUGGAAAGUUAAUUUCAUCUACAAUAGUAUUGAUAUUCAUGCUGUACGCUCAUCUAUCGAACUAGCACCAAUCUAAACCAUCCAAACUCACUGUUGCAGCUUGAGGUAUACUUGAGCCAUACAAGAUUCCUGCGGAAAAUCCAAACAUUUUUCAUUCCAAAGCUGAUGUCGCCACAAAAUUCCAACCAAAUGACUGAGAUAAGAGGGUAUCUCACUGGACUGCGACACGUUGGUGGCCGUACGUGCUGUGUCCUACAUUUAAUUUGUUGCCCUUGGUUUCAUAAAGGGAAUUAUCAUUCAUAACGUACAUGUACAAGACAACAAAGCACACAAUGCAUAAAAAGAUUUGUUUUUAUUGAUAAAAUGCGUUGCGCACUCUGUCAAAUCGCUCAGCUGCAGCAAAGCUGGCAAUGUCAAGCAGCUUCAGUAAGAUACCCACUUAAAAUGAAAUGAGAUAGCUCUACUACGGUCAUGUUUGUUAAGACUAUCAAGAAGAUGGACAGAUGUACAUAGGUGUGGACAAUUAAAACAUAAUAGUGAUGGGAUUGAGAUAAGACACUAUUUGAUGUUGCCAAGGUCUGUAAUAUAAAUGUAAACAACUUUAUUGAUUAAAUCUAUCUCUUACACCAUA